AUGACAAACAUACCGCCCUAUCAGCAACGUGACGACAAGCAUGUCGAGAAUAUACAACGUUUAUUGCAUGUUGGCUGCAGUAAUGCGGAUUUAGAAACGAGUCGGUAUAUCAUCCAAACAUACCCCGAUCUUCUACACAGUGUAGAUAAUGAGGGAUGGAAUGCUGCUUCACACGCUGCUAAAGGCGGAAACGUGAACAUUCUACAGCUACUGGCAGAUGAAAAAGUAUUCGUCCAACAGAAAAACAAUCAAGGCUGGAAUAUUCUUCACGUAGCCUGUAAUUCCUCUAAUUUAGAAAUGAGUCGUUUUAUCAUUCAGACAUACCCUGACCUUAUACACAAUGUAGAUAAUGAUGGAAGGAAUUCUGCUUUACACGCCGCUCAUGGCGGAAACGUUAAGAUUUUACAGCUACUGGCUGAUAAAGGAGUAGAUGUCAAACAUAAAAGCAGCGACGGCUGCAACAUUCUCUUUGUGGCAUGUGGAGACUCUAACCUAGAAAUGAGUCACAAUAAAGUAGACGUCAAAUGCAAAGACAAUCUAGGCUGGAAUAUUCUUCACGUGGCUUGUGAAAAUUCUAACUUAGAAUUGAGUAGUUGUAUCAUUGAAACAUACCCUGACCUCCUACAAAGUAUAUAUGAUGCUGGAUGGAAUGCUGCUCUACACACCGCUGGAGGAGGAAACGUGAAAAUUCUACAACUACUGCCAGAUAAUGAAGUAUACAUGGAACAUAAAUGCUGUGACGGCUGGAACAUACUUCACGUGGCAUGUGCGAAAGCUAACUUAGAAAUGAGUCGGUAUAUCAGUCAAACAUAUCCUGACCUUCUACACAGUGUAGAUAAUGAUGGAUGGAAUGCUUCUCUACAUGCCGCUUGUGGAGGAAAUGUUAAAAUUCUACAACUGCUAGCAGAUAGUGAGAUGGACGUCAACUACAAAGACAAUGAUGGCUGGAAUAUUCUUCUCGUGGCUUGUCGAACCUCUAACUUAGAUAUGAGUCGUUAUGUCAUUCAAGCAUACCCUGACCUUCUACACAGUGUAGAUAAUAAUGGAGGGAAUGCUGCUCUACAUGCCGCUCGUGGAGGAAACGUUAGAAUUCUACAACUACUAGCAGAUACAUGGCCUGGUGGAGUACCUCUGAUGUUUUAG